CUGAGUGUCUUCAGCGUUGCCAGGGCGACAGUGGGGGCUGACCUCGGCCACGUGACAGAUAGCAGGCUGGUUCGGCCGCCGUGCUGGUGUGUGUCCGUGUGUAUUUGUAUGUGUGUCUGGCUGCAUUCGGCCUGAGCAGAGCAGACGCCGGAGACACAAACACAGACAGGUAGCCUAGUCAGGGACACGAAAGAUGGAGCUCUCGGCGGCGGGAGAUCGCGUUUUCGCCGCGGAAGCCAUACUGAAACGCCGAGUCCGAAAGGGUAGACUUGAAUACCUGGUAAAAUGGAAGGGCUGGGCAAUGAAACAUAGCACCUGGGAGCCAGAGGAAAACAUUCUUGAUGACAGGCUGAUACUGGGCUUCGAGCAAAAGGAACGGGAAAGGGAAAUGCAUGGACCGAAGAAACGGGGACCAAAACCCAAAAAAUUUGCAAUGAAGGCCCGGUCUCAGAAAGGAGAGACGAGCAGCCGAGCUACAAACUCUCGCCAAACUACAUCUCGCACCUCUUCGUCCAGCUCCAUGCGAGCAGCUCCCUCUUCUUCUGCCUCUCCGCGUCAAUUAGCAUCUUCAUCGUCCUCAUCAUCAUCUGUGGCCCCCACUCCUAAACUCAACUCCCUCGCAGCCACUCACAAACUGAAGAAAGAUAUACAUCGCUGCCACCGUAUGUCCAGGCGCCCCCUGCCACGCUCAGACCCAAUGGCGCCCACCUUCACCAACCCCGGUGGGUUCCCCUCCCGCCUCCACGUGUCCCCCUUUUCUGAGACCGUCCGCAUCCUGAACCGCAGAGUCAAACCCCGGGAGGUGAAGAGAGGCCGAAUCAUCCUCAACCUAAAGGUCAUUGACAAGCCCGGAAGAGGAGGCACGACCUCGAGCAGCAGGAAUACGGCACAAGGACGCCAAAACAUCCCGUCUCGCAAUCGUAUCAUUGGGAAGAAGGGUGAGGCCCCUUACAGACCUUUCCAGCCUCCUCUAAAGAUGCUCGGGUUCCCCAUGUAUGGGAAGCCAUUUGGGCUGCAGUGUGGAGGUCCGGUGACCUUCCCCUCCCACCCUGGCUCCUGCUCUGCUACAGGUCCCAGGGACACCCACUCCACAUCGUCCCAGUACCAGACCCCUCCAUCUCCUUCCAGCUCCAGUGGUUCUGAAGGGAAGUCUCCAACCACUGCUCCAGUUGCCUCACAGUCCCAGUCAGCACCAGGAGCUCCUACACCUGGACCACCUUCCAGUGAGGGUCCAAAAUCCAACAAAUCUCAAACUGAGCCGAAGAAAGUCCAGAGCACCAAACCUCCUGCUCCCGUCCUGUCCUCAGAUGCAACAACCUCCUCCUUCCUACCCUCCUCGCCCUCAGCUUCCUCUGUGGAAGAUGAAGAGGAAGGGGGCGCGGAUCGCUCUGCACCUCCUGAGGGAGGCCAAACAAGCGCACGCCAACGCCAGGCUAAACGCCAGCCACCCACAGCCACCACUAAUCCCUCUGCCACCCCUGGGGACCAGAGUGCCACCCCUGUCGAACCAAAACGGGUGCCGGCCGAGGGAGACCCCGACUGGCACCCUGAAAUGGCUCCAAGCUGCAAAGACGUGGUAGUCACCGAUGUGACCACCAACCUCGUCACAGUCACUAUAAAAGAGUUCCCUUCCCCCGCAUCCUGCCCUGCCUCACCCUCUGCAAGCCUUGAAAACACCUCGUCCCCUCCCCCUAGCUCCACCCCUGAUGACCCCUCCCCACCCAAGCCAUAGGAGACCAGAUGUUAGGAAACCCGUUGCCAUUGAUGAUAAAAAAAAAAAAAAGAUCUCAUGCCAGUGUUGCCACUUAAAUCCCCUCCUCCCUUUUUAUCAAAGGUCUGUCCAUACUUGUGUAAUACUUAAUGAAAUGUAAUGUAACCAAACACCGCCCAGCCAUUGAAGAGUAAGAAAAGAACAUAUUUUUUUUAAAAGAAGUGUAUACAUUUGAAAAGGGGCAGCUAAUAUGCCACCUUGUCACUUAAAUUGCCAUAUCUUGUCCACUUGCACAGCACUGACUCUUUAAAGCAGGGUGGAUCAAAAUGCUAUUUGUUUCCCUUCACUUGCAUCAGACAUGCAGACUUUAGCUUGAAGGGCCGUGUUCCGACUGCCGGCUCACAUUUCUUGUCUCGCAUGUCUAGAAUGUAUGCAGACUGAUUUUGGAAAGUCUGGACGGCAAGCGCACCUAACAUCCGAGGCUAGAAAAAUGCAAGGAAACUGCAUCAUCAGUGUAGCUACUUAGUCAGUGACGAAACUCACCUCAUCCUUCACAGACAUCAAUAGUCUGGCUCAAAAGAUCUGAUUUGAGAAACUAAUCUGAUUUGCGUGCAGUCUGAACACAGCCUCUGAUCUUACCCAGAUUGUCCUGAAAGUGGAACUCUCACCUAUCUUGUGUGUGGGAUUCGUUUUGAACAAGCACACUUAUAUAUCCAUGUGAAGGAAACAGAUAUAUGGUUUUGAUCCAGGCCCUGCUAUGAAGGCUGGUAUCGACAUCCUUCUGGUGUUACGCCAAUAUCCUGCCCCCCCCUCCCCCCAACUCCAUUGGAAGUCCAGCUUGGUAAUGAUAAAUGAGGUGAUGUGUUUUUGCACUUAACAUGGUUGCUCUCUCAUUUAUUGCAUCAAUUCAGCGAGGUAAAUGCAAUGCACUUGACUGCAUCGAAAAACAACCUGUUCUAUGUAGUUCAUCAAUUUUUCAAGGCCUUUUCCUCUUGCUCUCUUGAAUGCACAUGCAUAUACAUACAGUAUGAGUAAGUAUAUAUAUGCACGCACAACCUUAAAAGCUGCAAAAGAUUAUACAUAAACAGACUAAGUUAUUGCUGUCUUUGCCGUCUUUCCCUGCUUGCCUUGUUUUCUCACGAACCCACCACUUUUCCUCUGCUCUGUCAAGUCCACCAAGACUCUAAACUGGCCUGCAGUUAGUCGUACAUUUUUCUGUUUACUAGAUUCAGAUUUGCACCAUAAAACUUGCCGAGGUCUUCGAGUUCGAUUUUCUGGCUUACAGUUCAGACUAUGAAAUGACCUUCAGCCAGUAACCAAAUGCAGAAAAAUACAGUAGCGUGUUGGCGUUUGAUGCCUACGGGGACAUGUAUAAGGCAGCUUUAGUUUGUACUAUACUGACAAGUUGUACACCUGCUUUGUUCUAUUAGAUUUUAAGUGAACUGUGCUUUCUAAGUUUAUUCCUAAAUGGUAGUUGCAGUGAAAACCAUCCAUCAGGAACUGGAGGACAAAGGUCAUUUAGCUUUUUUUCAUUCAGAUCAUUUUCUCUCUUAAUAGGAGAGAUGCUCUAAAUGGGUAAUUUUCUCCUAAUAUAAGAUAGUGAAGGAAUAUUUAGAAAAACUCUUGCCUACUGUGACUUUCUCAGCUUUGUUUUUUUUUUUUUUCCACCUAACACCACACAUAGUCUGAAAAACAUCAGAUUCUUCAUGUAUAAAAUGCUAAAUUAUAAUCACAUUUGCAGCCUGAAUGUGAACGCAUUAACAAGUCCUCUUAUUUCUUCUCUGCACGUUGCUAUCACAGCAAAUCUGCUUUUGUCAUUUCGUAGACAAUUCUUUGCGGUAACUUCAAUUCAGAAACAGCUGCACAAAGAAUAAGAGUAGAACCGUCUCUGGACCUGAACGCUUCAUUUCAGGCUCCUGUUGUGGCGUCAUCUUUGUGCUGGAGUCUCUGUGACCAGCCUUCAUACGCUGACCUUUGACCUUGUACAUUCUUCACUGUGUUGAUGCAUCAGUCUCAGAACAUAAAGAGGAAAACAUCUGUGUUUGACUUGAAGCCAGAUUGAUGUAACAGCCUGAAGCACAAAACAUCUCCAGUUUCUAUUCAUGUCUAGUUGUCAAGAUUAGUCUUGGUAUCGAACUGAUGUCAGCACCGCUUUUUGAAGGUUCCAGCUUGUUUUUUUUUUUUUAUUAUUAUUAUUCUGUUUUAUCUUGUCUCAGCCAAACAGGGCUCAGUUCUAUCUCAAAACUAGUCAAAACCACAAUGACUCACUUAACAGCAGUCAUAGGACUUAAUGUAAAACUUCCUUAACAAUUUGAUUCAUUUGUAAUUUGACAUUUUUGGAGAAGAAGCUGUGUCUGUCUGGAGGAGAUAUCAGCUACAUCUAACAAUAAUAACAUUUUUAAGCUCAAAUCAUCAUGGCGUAAUCUGUAGCUGAUAUAGGACCAAAAGGGAAUACAGCAGAGGAUAAGUACUGCAAUGAUUAUCGAAAAAAACUGAUGUAAACAUUUAUAGGCACAUAAAGAAUAGUAGCAUAACUAGUGAUGGCAUCUAAUAUUAUCUGGACAUAUUCAGCACCUUUAGAAAGAUUGUAGAUGUUUCUCAAAGUCGAGGGAGGAUCCUUAAAGCUGCAGUGUUUGAUAGUAUUUUAAAGUAAAUUAGGGGAACGAUCCAUAAUUAUAUUUUAAGCGUAUUGCAGUUGAAGUGGUCUGAGAAGAUUUUAGCAUUUAUUCCAGACUUCUGUUUUCAGGCUGAAGAAAAUAUAACCCAUGACUCUCUGAUUUUGUCUAAUCACAGGUAGAAAGGAUUGUGAUUGACAGCUGUAAUUGCCAAUCACUGAUCAGAUUCUGUCAGACGUGACCAGGACGAGAUCUUACCGCUCUAC